CUCCAUCAUGUUUACUUCCCGCUCAAUCAUGUUUGCGCUGUUCAGCUUCCUCGCUGGUGCCAAUGCGUGUAUACAGUGCCCACCCACAUUGCAGGUCGACGGUAGUACCUCGACUCUAGCAGAGUCCUUCCCACUGGGAGACCACAAGCACCUAUUUUGCGUUUACAAUAACGACAAGUUGAAAGGCUACGACGCAUCAGUGUCCUGCGAAUAUGACAUCGCGAACGGCCGGUUUUCGAAGGGGUAUGAGUCUUGCGAGGCUAAAGUGACUGUGAAGGAUCACUGCUGAACG